UUCGUCAUCACAUUUCCCACCCUUCACAUCGCACCUCGCAGCAGCUGCACCGCGCCCACCACACUCUCCCAGCGCGGGCGCGCCGUGGCUUCACGCGGCAUGGAUUAUGGGGACGCGCACGUGUGCGUCGACGCGCUCUUCAGCUGCCCUCUCGACUCCUUUCCCUUGGACCCCUUUCCGCUCGACUGCGAGUCGUUCCCCGUACCUUUCCCCGCCCACCAUCAACUCCCUUCCCUCUCCGCCGACCAUCCCAUCCCCCCCGACCUCGCCGCGCCUCUCUCGCCCCUGCACGACCCAUGGUCGGCUCACCUGCUCGCCGCGCCGCCCCCUCUCGCGGAGGCCUGCGCGUCGACCCUGGCGCGCGGCCCCGAUUCCCUCACCGCGAGGGAGUCCGCCGCCCUUUACGACGCAGUCGCGAGCGCCAGCAGCAGCAUCAGGGACGCGGGGCGAUCGGCGCAGGCGGGGGGAGGCGCCGCCGGGUAUGACUCGCGCAGGCGGCGGCAGUUGGCGCAACGAUCGCGCGCAGCCUCGCUGUGCGGCGACGUGACGCCGCCCGCCUCGCCCCCCCCCGACUCGGACGCGCAGACCCGCUCCGCCGCGCCUGCUCCGCUCGCUGCAGCCAGCGCUGCUGCCCGCGCGUCGCCGCCAUCCCCCCUUGUUUCUGCACACGCUGCGCCCCCUUCGCGUGCAAUUGCCUGCCGGCCCGCGGACCUGACGGGGCGACUGGCCGCGGUGCUCAAGGGGCUGGCGGAGGGCGCGCGGGAUGGGGAGAGGUGCGGGGCGGAACGAGCGCGAAGGAACGGACGCGGAGAUGGGCGGGGCGGGGCGGAGGCGGGCGGAGAAGCGCGGGGGGAGAUGGGAGCGAAGAGGGGAGUGGAUGGGUGGCGGGGGUGGCGUGAAGCGCAGAGCAGCGGGAGCGAGGGGGAGGGGCGAAAGAGGGCGUGUGUAGGCAGCUGGGACCGAGAGCAUGGGGGCGGAGCUGGGCUCCGCUGCACCUCGGCGGGAGCAGGUGGGCCGGCGGGGCUGGGUGGGCAGGGGAGCCAUGGCGCGGCGGCAGUGGCGGCGGUGGAGGCAGAGGCGGCAGGCAUGGCGGAGCAGACAGCGGCGCUGGCAGCAGCGGCGGCGCAGGAAGGGGCGGCACUGCUGGCACACGCACAGGCAGCGGCAGGAAGGGGGGCCAGCAGGCAACGAGGGCGCGAGGCAGCAGAGUGGAUAGCAAGGGAAGGGCAACAGGAGCGGAGGCAGGGCGAGGGGGCGUUGAGUGGAGGCCAGCCAGCAGCAACAGCCUUGGCGCCUGCCAUGCUGGUUGCAGCCCCACUGUCUGGGCGCCUGCAGCUGUCGAUGCCGCCUGAGGUGGCAGCACGCAUGGGGGGCGAGUGGGGGGAGGCGGAGGCAGUGCGAGUGAGGAACCUGGUGAUGGCGCUGGGGGAGGCACACGCCACACACGACACGCUGCGGCUGCGGUGCUUCACGCGGCGGCUGCAGCAGCAGGCGAGCCCCCAGGGGUCGCCGUCGCAGUGUGCGGCGUCCCUCUUCCUCGCCGCCCUGCAUGCGCGCUCGCACGGCUCUGCCGCCGUCGAUUGGCAGGAACCCGUGCAAGUGGACGGCCAGGCGCUGGAGCGCGCGCCCCCCCAGUGCGGCAGCGUGGAGUGGGCGCUGUACAGCUUCCUGCACGCCGCCGCUGCCACCGAGCUCUCACUCGCGCUCAGGCGAGCAUGGGGCGACGCAGAGGCGCAGGGGGGGAUGGGGGCAACGGGGAAGCGCGUGGGCGGAGGGGAAGUGGUGGGUUUGCGUGGAGAGGGUGGUGACAUGGGGUGUGAGGGGGGCAUGGCACAGCGCUGUGGCGUGGUGGACGACCAUGGUGGCGUGGAGGCGCCAUCAGCGCUGCCAGCAGGCAGCAGCACGCGCAGUGGCACGCGGCGAGUGCACGUGAUAGUGUUUGGGUGCCCAGACGUGCCCCAGUGGGUGUCGCUGCUGCAGCGCAUUGCCAUGGACCACGCCCCGCCCCCGCUCCCCCAUGCACCCCACCCACCCGCCCCCUCGCCAUGCGCUCGCUCCACGUCGCCCCCUGCUGUCCCCCCUGUGCACGUGCGUGUGACGUGCAUCGACCUGGCGGUGGUGCGCAUGGUGGGCAUGGCGGCGGGGCAGCUGCAGCAGGUGGGGCGCGUGCUGGCGGGCAUAGCGGACAUGCUGGGGCUCGCCCUCUCCUUCCGCGCCAUUGAGGUGCCCGCCCACGACUUCUGCCCGCACAUGCUGCAUGCGUCGCCACGCACGCGGGCACAAGGGGGAGGGGGGGAUGUGGGCAGGGGAGAGGAAGGUUGUGGAGAGGGGGGAGAGAGCGAUGAUGGGUUGGGUGGGGAUGAGGAGGAGGAGGAGGUGUUGGUGUGCUGCUGUUGGAGCAUGCUGGCGUUCCCUGAUGCCACGGUGCUGAGGAGCAACCCCAGGGAUGGGCUCAUCAAGUGGCUCCACGGGCUGCGGCCGCGCGUGGUGGUGCUGUCGGAGGUAGACGCGCGCCUCAACACGCCCUUCUUCCUCGCGCGCUUCCGUGAGGCGCUGCGCUUCUUCCUCGCCUUCCUCGACGCGCUGCACCACACCGUGCCGCGCGCGUCACCCCUGCGCGCGCUGCUGCAGGGCAUGCUGCUGCGCAAGCUCGUCAACUGCGUGGGGUGCGAGGGCGCGCAGCGCGUGGUGCGGCCCGAGAGCAUGGAGCAGUGGCAGGAGCGCAUGGAGCGCCUGGGAUUCCGGCGAGUGGCGCUCAGCGCCGACACCAUGGACAACAUGCGCGCGCUCACGGAACACAAGGACCGCCGCUUCGGCGUCCAAGACGCGCAGGGGGCUGCGAGGCUGACGUGGAAGGGCAGCCCCAUCAUGGCCGUCGGUGCAUGGACGGCCAGGUGAUGGUGGUGUGAAGAAUGCCCAGCGCGUAUCACGGAUCACGGUUAGUACGGUAGCUUAGGGCAUGUAACAUUCUUUACGAACACGCCUCAUGGUCGACCAUUCAGUUCAGAGAGGUUGAAAGCGGUAUGGUAUGCUGAACUGCGCUGCAUACAAGAAAUUCACCUUAAUCUUCUGAACCGAACAUUCACCUUUAUGUAUGUACCCCCCCGAUGUUAUUGGACUGCGUAGCAGCAACCCUAUACAUUUGGUGUUGAAGUAUACU